GUAUUUUACGCAGCUUUCAUUGGAUAUUGGCGUAACGGCACCAGUCUGUAGUGAUAUCUGCGGCUUUCUCGCUGACGUAAUAUUGACUGAUCCGAAUGUUUACUUUGGACACGAUCACUUAGAGUCGCACAUUGCGCUCUUUCCCUCUCCCAGUCUCCGUCUCUCUGCCCGUCCCCUUUGCUUUCCUCCGGCGUUCACGCAAAGAUCCUAAUCCAUUCCCAGCUGAAAGGGUCACCUUAAAGGAGUUUUCUUUUCUUUUUGUGUGUGCGCGCGGACGACCCCUCUUGGGAUUCUAUUCUGUUCGAGUCGAGCUGGUGGAGAGCCGUGGAAAGAUACCACAGGUGAAUGGAGCUUUAACGACGCUGCGGUAGAGAUGAUUGAACAGUUUAAGGUUUCCAUGAGCGCAAUCUGUGCCUGAUUUGACAGAAGCCGAGUCUUUCGCGGCACUUUGUGAUAACUGAAGCGGACCGAGUUAGCUUUUUUCCCCCCCUCCUUUUUUUUGUUUUUUUUUUUGUUGAAGACAUAAAAAAAAUUCUCCUCUGGCUUUCCUAAAGGAUGAUAUGACCUUUUCUUUUGCGCAGUGGUGGCUGCUUUCCUUCCAAUUUCUUGGAUCUUUGUCAUGCCUUUCUGCAGGAUUACUCACGGAGAUAUGAGCGCACUAAGAAAUCGAGUUGGAUUGUAAAACAAAAUUGAGAUACAUUCUUUAAAACAAAAAUCCUUGCUCCUUUUUUAAAUUAUUAUUAUUUUUCACCAAAGCGGGAAGUGCUGCUUUGUGGUAAUCAAUGGCUUCGGUGCCGAGGUCGGCAAGGCGCAAAGAUGCCACUCGCUGGCCGAGGAUGUCGUCAACUUUUUGGGCUGUGGUGCUCCUGACGGCGCUGUUGGUUCUCUACUGCGGCCAGCUGGCAGCGGGGACAUGUGAGAUUGUGACGUUGAACAAGGACAGCAGCCAACCACGACGGACCAUCGCCAGGCAGACGGCCCGCUGCGCCUGUAAGAAGGGCCAGAUCGCCGGAACUACAAGAGCCAGACCUGCCUGUGUGGACGCUGGGAUUGUUCGAAAAAGGCAGUGGUGUGAGAUGGUUCCGUGUUUGGAGGAUGAAGGCUGUGACCUGUUAGUCAAUAAAUCUGGAUGGACUUGUACACAGCCAGGAGGCCGAGUCAAAACCACCACGGCUCUAUGACGCGACAAGAGUUCCCCUCGACAUUCUUGCACUAUGGAGAGCAUUGAUGACCCCUUGA